CUUUCUGAAAUGCUCGGAGUCCACAGGAACACAUUACGACGUUAUAUGAAGCGCUAUGGAGUUGAAAGAAAAUACUUGAACCUUACUAACAUCGACCUUGAUCUUCUCAUCACCGAGUUCAAGAAAAAGCGGCCUGAUUCAGGUAUAAGGUGCAUCAUUGGUUUUCUCCGCAGGCAUGGACUGCGAGUGCAUGGACUGCGAGUGCAGCAUCGACGGGUGGUAGAAUCGCUCCGCAGAGUCGACAGAUUAGGUCAGGUGUUGCGCGACCGACGGGUCAAACGUCGGUGUAAGUAUCAUGUUAAGUGGCCUAAUGCAUUGUGGCACAUCGAUGGGCACCAUAAAUUAAUUCGCUGGGGGAUAGUGAUUCACGGUUUUAUUGACGGU